UUUUAAAUACUAACCAGAGAGCUUUCUUCCGUCUGCUGGUGUAAAACUCGGCGACUGCAGGGAGGGAGAAGAAACCCUAGAAAUCUCCUGUUGCGGCGAUGGGUAUCUCUCGUGAUUCGAUCCACAAGAGGCGUGCGACUGGUGGGAAGCAGAAGCAAUGGAGGAAAAAGCGAAAGUAUGAGCUCGGAAGAGUUGCAGCAAACACCAAGCUUUCCAGUAACAAGACUGUAAGGAGGGUUAGGGUUCGUGGAGGGAACGUCAAGUGGCGUGCGCUGAGGCUUGACACUGGGAAUUACUCUUGGGGAAGCGAGGCCGUCACCCGCAAGACCAGGAUCCUCGAUGUUGUGUACAAUGCAUCGAACAACGAGCUUGUUCGUACCAAGACACUAGUCAAGAGUGCCAUAGUUCAGGUUGAUGCUGCGCCCUUCAAGCAAUGGUAUCUCCAACAUUACGGUGUUGAGAUUGGCCGCAAGAAAAAGACUCCAGCUACUUCUGGCAAGAAAGAAGGAGAGGAAGGUGAAGAUGGUGCUGCUGCUCCUGAGGAGACAAAGAAGAGCAACCACGUGCUGAGGAAGCUAGAGAAGCGCCAAAAGAACCGUGCUCUUGACUCACACAUUGAGGACCAAUUCGCGAGCGGUCGGUUGCUCGCAUGUAUCUCAUCAAGGCCUGGGCAAUGCGGUCGGGCUGAUGGAUACAUUUUGGAGGGCAAAGAGCUGGAGUUCUACAUGAAGAAGAUCCAGAAGAAGAAGGGCAAGGGUGCUGCUUAGAAUCGUUGGCUUCUUCGGUUGUUAUGAUAUCCUCAAGUUUUGUUGGUGUCACAAUACUUGUGUCUGGUUAGUAUGUGGUGUUGAGAUUGGCAUACUCCCCCUUUGGAUGUGAUGACAAUUUUUCUUGAACUUGAGCAAUGUUCUUGCCUGAGUUUUUAUAAAACAUUCUCGGUUAAUUUGAUCCUCCCGUUGUCUUAGAAUUAUGGGAUUAAGAUGA